AUGGCAGGAUCAGGAGUGGCACUGAGGCUUCAUGAGUUUAAAGAAGGAAAUGUGAUCAGUCAGCAUCAUGGAGCAGUCCUCCGGCCAGGCAAAGACUUGAAGGGACUGUAUCCUGGACAGCUAGCCAGAGUUCAUGUCAUUCCCUUACCAUGGCAGAGGAUGAACCUGCAAAGUGUAAAGUGUCCACAAGAGAAAGAACAAAUAUACCGGCGAAGCUUCGACCUUCUCACGCUACAGGCCCUGGAGUUGAGAACAACACACACACCUCAUACACAGCCGACAUAUCACACUGUGUACCAGCAGGAGUUCGGCCGCCAGACUCACUUCUAUCCGCCUGAUGACACCAAGAUGACUCUAAUUUCCCAUCCUGCUCCUCUGCAACAAAGAUAUAAUUUCACACCUCACUAG